GUUUUUCUGGUUUCGACGCGACAGACUCUGCGCGCGCACAUGUGCAGGUCUACAUAUUAGAAUAUGUCAAGGUUAACAAAUAAACCUUACAGCUUGUGUCUGUCUUUCCUAAAGAGCGGGUGGAGAUGUCCUCAACGUGUGUCCAAAUCAUCUUUAAUCGCCUCUGCAGUGAGGACAGACGAAGUAAAGCAGGCAAGAUUUGGAUUUUCUAGCACUAACUCAGCAAGACCAGAGUGUAAUCCAGCUGGUUCCUGGGCCACCAGAGCUUGGACGGAUGUUGCACAUGGAAACAUACAAAGAAGAGGACUUUACUUGACCAUUCCCCUUGCAGAAGGAAACACACUUCAGUCAAAAGAGAUGACCGAAGCCGUCUAUGAGAAGCUGGCUGAGGAGACGCUGGAUGCACUAGCCGAAUUUUUUGAGGAUCUCACUGAUCAGAGAUGCACUGCGCCUGACUAUGAUGUGGUGUUUUCUAGUGGUGUCCUGACUGUGAAAGUCGGAGGUGACCAUGGCACUUACGUCAUCAAUAAACAGACGCCUAACAAACAGCUUUGGCUCUCCUCUCCUAUAAGUGGGCCAAAACGUUAUGAUUGGACAGGAGAGCACUGGGUCUACAACCACGAUGGCAUAACCUUGCAUGAACUGCUCUCUAAAGAGUUUUCUGCCAUCUUUCAUUCAAAUAUGGACCUGUCGCAUCUCCUACAUUCCUGACGACGACUAAAGGAUGAAGAAACCACCAGAAAGGUGACUGAACAUCAGGAACAAAAAUGACACAUAGACAGAUGUGACAUUUACCAUUGUGCUUCCUUGGGAUCAGAAAUAUUUUGUUGACUCUCAUAAUGUAACAUCUUCUGAAGAAAGAUUUCCCCCUUUUGCUUAAUGCCAUGAACAUUUACCUACUAUUUUGUUUGAAUACAAAACUCUACUCUUGACAUGGGUGUCUGGAGCAUCUAGCAGCACAGAUCAGCCCUUAAAGUGCAUUUAUUACACCUGUCUUCAUUUAACCACCGAGGCCAAAUUGCAGUUCAUAGUAGCACAUGGAUUCAAUCUGUAAUGGUCCUAUUGUAGCUAUUAGCCUGUUUAAGCACCGCUUUCUAUUCAAAACUCCACUCAGUCAUUACGGCGCAGGGCGAAAGGGCUCUCACAGUUCCUGCCAGCCAAUCUGGUUGGAUCACACUCAGAUUAAAAAAGGUCACUUUUGAAUGCGUUUAACAAUGAAAGAGACGAGAGGGCACUUUUUGUCAUUUGGGGCUUUUAAAUCAAUAUCAGUAAUUUAGAGAUCUGGACACAGCUAGACUACAGGCAGUGGAUCGGAGACUGGAGAGGAGAAGAGGGAGGGGAUUGUUUGAAAAAGCUGAAGGACCACUGAUCAGAGCUGACUCUUCUGACUCUGAGAUGCUUGUUCAGUGUUUGUUCAGUAUGUAGUGUUGUACAUUUAGGUAUUAGUGCGGUAUGUAUUUAAGUUUUUUUUUAAUUAAAGGCCUGUAAUUAAAGUAUCACUUCUUCAAUCAGCUAAUAAAUUCUAGGCAUUUGCUAGUCAAAAUGUGUCCAUGUUACACUCGACAUCAUCCUCAUCUUUUAAAUGUUUUUUUUGUUUUUUAAUAUUACCUGCAGUUUUUGUUGGUUUGAACAGUGUUGUUGAUGAAUAUCUGCUUAUGAUAAAUAAAUUCUAGUCUUAUUCA